UUGGUCAUAUAUAGACACAUGUAUAUAUAGUUCUUCCUCCCUGUCCACUUUUUUGGUCUCCACUUACUAUAUAUACACACUUGUGCAAAUAAUUCUUCCUCUCUGCUUUGGUUUUUGGUCUUUGGUCUUUGGUAUCCCAUCAAAACCCCUCCUCUCUCUCUCUCUCAUUCCUGGUCAGGUUGUGGGGUUUCAUUGAAUUGUUGGUUUCAGUCUGGGGUGUUGUUGGCUCCCAAUUCUCAUUGCUUUUUUGGUAUAAAACCAGAGAGUUGAUGAGUUGAUUUUAGGGGGUAGAGAAAAAAAAAACAAAACAAAAAGAUGCACUCAGCAAAUCACUGGGGAGGGUCAUUGGAGAUUAAUGGGGACUCAGGCACAGACGAUGAGAGGAGCAGAAACAUGGAAUGGGAGAGGCAGCAGCAUCUGCAUCAGCAUCGUCAUCUGGAUGAGACCCAACAAAGCUGGCUGUUGGGUCCUCAUCAAGGCAACAGCAAAAAGAAAUAUGUGGACUUGGGGUGCAUCAUGUGCAGCCACAAGGCCUUGAAGUAUACCAUCUGGUCUCUUGUUAUUUCUUUCGUUGUGAUUGCACUGCCCAUCAUCAUUGUCAAAUCCUUGCCCCAGCACAAGUCCCAUCCUCCUCCUCCAGACAAUUACACUCUUGCUCUCCACAAAGCUCUCCUCUUCUUCAAUGCCCAAAAGUCUGGGAAACUGCCUAAGAGCAAUGGUAUUGCAUGGAGGGGGAAUUCAGGGCUAGAGGAUGGGAAAGAUUUGACUGACGUGAAGGGUGGGCUUGUUGGAGGUUACUACGAUGCUGGAGACAAUAUCAAGUUCCAUUUCCCCAUGGCAUAUGCUAUGACAAUGCUGAGUUGGAGUGUGAUCGAAUACAGACACAAGUAUGAGGCCAUUGAUGAGUACAACCAUGUUCGAGACCUCAUUAAGUGGGGGACUGAUUACUUACUCUUGACCUUCAAUUCCUCUGCCUCCCACAUUGACAAAAUUUAUAGCCAGGUUGGAGCCUCGGUAGCUAAUUCUUCAAAACCAGAUGAUCAUUACUGCUGGAUGAAACCAGAGGACAUGGACUAUGAUAGACCAGUCCAGACUGCAAACUCAGGGCCUGACCUUGCUGGGGAAAUGGCAGCAGCCCUGGCAGCCGCAUCUAUAGUGUUUCAGGACAAUACAGCCUACUCCAAAAAGCUCAUCAAAGGUGCUGAAACACUCUUUACCUUUGCCAGGGACUUUGGCAAACGGACGCCAUACUGUCGUGGGAACCCUUACAUAGAACCAUUCUACAACUCCACUGGCUACUUUGAUGAGUACAUGUGGGGUGCUGCAUGGUUGUUCUAUGCCACAGGAAACAAAAGCUACAUCUCCCUGGCAACCAACUCAGGACUGCCCAAGAACUCCAAGGCAUUUUACAUGAUUCCAGACUUGAGUGUGCCCAGUUGGGACAACAAGUUACCAGCCGCCAUGCUGCUGUUGACGAGACUCAGGAUAUUCUUGAGCCCAGGCUACCCUUAUGAGGACAUGUUGAAGAGCUAUCACAAUGUGACUGGUCUUACCAUGUGUUCCUAUCUUCAACAGUUCCAUGUCUUCAAUUGGACUAAAGGAGGAUUGAUUCAAUUGAACCAUGGGAAGCCACAAUCUCUACAGUAUGUGGCCAAUGCUGCCUUCUUGGCAUCUCUUUUUGUUGAUUACAUGAAUGCAACCAGUAUUCCAGGCUGGUACUGUGGCCCCAAUUUCAUUAGAGCAGAAACGCUACGCAGUUUUGCCACCUCUCAGAUCAAGUACAUUCUAGGCGAAAACCCCAUGAAAAUGAGCUACUUGGUGGGCUAUGGAACCAAAUUCCCCAAACAUGUGCAUCACCGUGGAGCAUCCAUACCCAAUGACAACAAGAAGUACUCAUGCACAGGUGGAUGGAAGUGGCGUGAUAGUCGCAACCCAAAUCCUCACAACAUCACAGGAGCCAUGGUUGGAGGGCCUAUUCGGACAGACAAUUUCCAAGAUAUCCGCACCAAUUACAACUACACAGAGCCAACAUUAGCUGGAAAUGCUGGGCUGGUUGCUGCACUUGUGUCCUUGACUAGCAGCGGAGGCAUGAGCAUUGACAAGAACACCAUAUUCUCAGCAGUUCCACCAUUCUAUCCACCAAGCCCACCACCUCCAGCGCCUUGGAAGCCUUGAGAUGCCAGCUAUUGUCUGAUGAUGUUUAUAGCCGGAGAUGUUCAUUACAUACAAGCACCCUGAAGUUGUGGCCUUCAGUCUCUUGGUUGUACAAAGACAAUCAAUAUGUUUAAUCUUGUGGGACUUCCUUGGAGUCAAAAAACAUUAUUGCAUAACACCUUUUUAGUGAUAUCAUGCACACACAGAGGCCAGGUUUGACCUGUUAGCCAUACGCUCAUCUA